UUGAUAAUGAGUUUUAUAUUAAAAAUAAUCUUCCGCAAAGUAAGGAUGUAAGCGUUAAGGAUGUAAGCAAAUACGUAGUAAAAUUUAAUUAUUUCUUAACAAACAAGUUUACAUUAUAUCUAGUUAUAUAGGUAUGUGUUCAAAAUAAGUUGCAAAGCGAACAGUUUGUAGGGAAGUUAAUCAAGACGUGCUUUGCAUCUGCUAUACGGAAACUUACGACUUUUUGGCGGCAGGACUGAUGGAUGGAAAUUUAAAAUUCUAUAAAGUUAGUUCAGGGGAGAACACGCUGAAUUUGUGUGACAUGGAGAUGAUGCAGAAUCCGGCUCCGGUAACCGCUGUAAAGCAUCGACCAGUGCGCAGAUCACACCCAAUUACCCAUACCGUGAUAGCGACUUAUGCCAACGGCUGCGUUAAAUGCUGGCAUUAUCCAACUGCGCAAUGCCUUUACACAAUACGUGAAAGACGGCAAACGCUUGGUCUGGCCUAUCAUCCUCAAUUACCGAAAUUUGUCACUGUCGGGGAUGAUACAAAUCUAUACUUGUAUGAUGAAGAAACAAAAACACGGGAGAGAGUGUUUCGCGGAAGUGAUGUGCCGGGUGCCAUGGAUGGUCAUAAAUCUAGAGUCUUCAGUGCCUGUUUCAAUCCCAAAUCCGUGUACGAACUUAUAAGUGCUGGCUGGGAUGACACUGUCCAGUUUUGGGAUACUAGACAAGCUCAUUCUUUUCGGUUUAUAUCUGGUGUACAUAUGUGCGGGGACGGCUUAGAUAUCAGCAGAAAUGGGCAAGAGAUACUUACUUGUUCCUGGCAGAAGAAUAAUCCUAUACAAUUGUGGGACUACAGUAGCGGUAAAUUGAUUAUUACUUUAGAACCAGACAGUUAUUCUUCUUUAUUGUACGUUGGAAAAUACGUAACAAAUAUGUACAUCGCAUGCGGUGGCUGUGACACUGAUCUCUUCAGAAUCGUUGAUUUACGAUCUCAUUCUACUAUAGCUAUGAUGAAAUACAUCAAGGGUGGUGUGUAUAAUUUGGAUAUUGGACCUUUGGAAUCGAAAUACAGUAAACGAAUUCUUCCAAAACUCGCGUUUUGCGCUGGAACAACGAUUUUUGAAAUAGACGCUCAGCCCAGUUAACUAAUUUAUGCUAACACAUUUUUUCACACACACACAUACACGCGCGCGUGUGCACAAAGCUUUUGCAAUUUAUGUAAUUAUUUUAUGCUUCAUAACUUGACAAAUAUAUGAUUUAUUUUACAUGUACUUUGCGAAGCACAUAUAGCUAACUCACGAUUGUUAAUAUAACAUUUGUAAAUAUCUAGUCGAAAUAAGAUUUUGUUCAACCUGUUCUUUUGAUAGUUAUCAUAAAAAAGCGGUUUUCUUAAAAAAAAUGUACAUAGCGAAGAAAUAUUGUUUCAUAUUUUGUAUAUAAUGUACUAUUAGAUUGACAUGAUUUAAUUUUUCUCUCUUUAUAAUGAAUUAAAUCAAAAUAAAAUGUAAAAGUUAAACUUAUUGUCGCCAGUGGUAUAUAAGACAAUAUGAGACAAAGAAAAGUAUCUUUUUUAGUCGACAUCAAAAUAUGAUUUGCGCUAUAGUAUGUACGAUAAAUGUACAUAACAUACUGUUAAAGAUAAAAUAAAAUAAUAGAGGGAGAAAGAUGAUAAUAAGUUCCCCUUUUUUCAUAUUCAUAGAAACCUUCCUCGAAAGAAUGACACGUGCGUUCAAGCAAUAAACAAUGUAUUUUAUUUAAUACAAACUAUAGUACAAAAUUUAUACAGAACAACGUACGGCUUUAUCAUCAUUUCUCAUAUGACAGCAAGUUCUCGUAUCGAGUAACGCACACACUUAAGCAAGACUUAAGAGACGAAAGGGCGGAUUGGAGCGGUCGAAGGAACAGGGCCUAAGGGUUCAGGGGACAAUCACUAAAACUGAGCACAUCGAUUUGUGACAAUACAAACUUACUUGACACGAGCAAAUCCAUCGGUUGACAAGCGACACGGUGUAGAAAAAAUUGCUCGCGCACAAACACGGUGAGAGAGCAAAAAGCGCAUCGCAGUUUUUUUACUUUUUCUUUUUUCUUCAAUACUCGCGCCGUAGAUGACACAUCCUGUUAUGCGGGGUCUACAAUGUCAGCAGGAGUAAUGGAGUAGGAGUAAAAAG